UGCCCGUUCCUUCUGAGGGAGCGAGUGCGCAGCGCGGCGUCGGGCUUUGGCGAGGCCGGAUCAGCCGCGGCCGCUAGUCGUUUCCGCGCCGCCCGCUCCGGCGGCAGCAGCGGAGCCCGUCGCAGGGCCUGCCCGGCCCAGGAAAGCGGGCCGGGCCUGGGCCGCCACCGCUAGCAUGGAGCCCCCCGGCGCCGUGGCCGGAGGAGGCAGCAACGUGCCGGCCUUCCUCACCAAGCUGUGGACGCUGGUGGAGGACCCGGACACGGACGCGCUCAUCUGCUGGAGCCCGACUGGAAACAGCUUCCAUGUUUUCGACCAAGGCCAGUUUGCCAAGGAGGUCCUUCCCAAGUAUUUCAAACACAACAACAUGGCCAGCUUUGUGCGGCAGCUGAACAUGUACGGUUUCCGAAAGGUGGUUCACAUCGAGCAGGGGGGGCUGGUCAAGCCCGAGAAGGAUGACACUGAAUUCCAGCACCCCCACUUUCUCCGAGGCCAGGAGCACCUCCUGGAGAACAUCAAGAGGAAAGUCACCAACAUAUCCAGCAUAAAGAACGAAGACAUUAAGGUUCGCCAGGACAGCAUGACCAAAUUGCUGACCGAUGUCCAACUGAUGAAGGGCAAGCAAGAGAGCAUGGACUCCAAGCUGAUCGCCAUGAAGCACGAGAACGAGGCUCUGUGGCGGGAGGUGGCCACUUUGCGUCAGAAGCACACACAGCAACAGAAGGUCGUCAAUAAGCUCAUCCAGUUCUUGAUUUCCUUGGUGCAGUCCAAUCGUAUCCUUGGGGUGAAGAGGAAGAUCCCCCUGAUGUUGAACGACGGCAGUUCCCCCCACAGCAUGCCCAAAUACGGCCGGCAGUACUCCUUGGAGCACCUCCACAGCCCGUCCCACUACUCGGCAUCCUCCCCAGCAUAUGGCGGCCCCAAACUUUACUCUCCAGAUUCCGGCCCGAUCAUCUCCGAUGUGACUGAACUGGCCCAGUCCAGCCCGUCUCCCUGCCCCAGCAGCAGCAGCUUUGAGGAGGAGAGGAGCAGCCCCGUGGUCCGUAUCAAAGAAGAGCCCCCGAGCCCCUCGUGCAGCCCUUCUGCAGAGGAUGUCAGCCCCCUGGGCACCCCCCUCUCGCCCUCCGCCUUCAUUGACUCCAUCUUCCAAGAGGAGCAGGCCGGCAGCACUUCUUCCACAGCCCCUCCCUCCCACGGCACCCAAGCGCAGCCCCACGAAAAGUGCCUCAGCGUGGCCUGUCUUGACAAUGUGGGUCGUGCUCCGCAGAUGUCUGAGGUCACCUGCCUUUUCCCCAGCCCUUCCUCCUCCUCUUCCUCUCUGCACUGCAGACCACAGCAAGGGAACGAGCUGAACGAGCACUUGGAGACCAUCGACUCCAGCCUGGACCACCUGCAGAACAUGCUGACCACCCACAGCUUCAGCGUGGACACGAGCGCCUUGCUGGACCUCUUCAGCCCUUCCAUGGGGGUGACGGACAUGAACCUGCCGGAUCUGGACAGCAGCCUGGCCAGCAUCCAGGAGCUCCUCUCCUCCCAAGAGCAGCAGAAGCCAGCCGAGGGAGAAGACGCCACGACAGACGCAGGCAAACAGUUGGUACAUUACACGGCCCAGCCCUUGUUCCUGGUGGACUCCAACACGGUGGACGUGGGCAGCGCGGAUGUGCCCAUUUUCUUCGAGCUGGGCGAAGGACCGGGCUUCCCAGAGGGGGAGGACUGCUUGGAGGACCCCAGCCUCUCCCUGCUCUCUGGGACGGAGCACCCCAAGCCCAAGGACCCCGCGGUCUCCUAAGGCCCAGCUCAGCCGGGAAGGCCUGCCGCAGCCACCGCCUGCCCUGCCGCGGGGCUGAGCUCCUUCGGGACAAGGGGGCCGCUGCGUGUGUGCUUCCCACGGUGGUGUGGUGGGCCCUGUUUCCGAGAGAGCGGCCCAGGGCAGGCACGGGGCGCGGAGGGACGUGGCCGUGGCGGCCAGAGGAUGUUUGUCUCGCCUGCGUGACAGUCACUCUCCGUGUCUUGAAGGCGAAGCCGCCUGUCCGAGACUCGGUGGCUCCUCCAAGCAGCCGGCCGAAGGAUGGAGGGGUCUCCGGAGGACGGCUGCAGCCCUGCCUCCUGGGGACCCCCGAGAGAAGGUUCCCCAGCCCCCACCUUUCCCCAGUGGGGUUUAUUUUAUUUCCCUUGGCUUAGCAGUGAAGGGUUUGUACAUUUACAUUUUGAUUGUUACUAGAAAAAUUGUAUUUUGAAUUUUUACAUAAGAGAAGACGCUAGCCGCCCCUUCCUCUCUCUUCUCUCACAAUAUAAAUAUCUAUAUAUACAUGCUCAAAUAUAUAUAUAUCUCUACGGAACAGCC